AUGUCAUCACCCUCAGGAAACGGCACCGGUGGUAGUUUAAAUGCUGCUCGGCGUCGACUCGCCCUCGCUCAGGCUGCCCGCGCAAAUGCCACUCGCGAAGAGAUCGAGGCCAGAGGCAUCAGGCCCAACGUGCACCAAAUCGUCCAUCAUAUGAACAGGAUGCCCUCUCACUCGUUCAAGCGAGCCAGACUUAACGACUUCGCGGCCCGCAAGUUCUAUGAGGAUGAUGAAGAUGGAGAGGAAAAUGACGAUACUGAGGAUGGCCAUGACGACGAGGGGACUGAAGAGGACGAUGAGGAGGAAUUCGAGGCGCAUUGGCAAGCCAUGCUCGCCGAAGGUGGCCUAGGGGAUACCAACAUGUUCGCCCUCGCCGAGUUCCGCCAGAUCGCCCGUCAGCGCAUCCGCAUGAUGAAGCAGGCCACUACCAAGUGGCAUUCCCUAAUUCAACCUCCCAAAAGGGACCGCUUCGACCUCCUCGCCUCUCUGUGCAGCUGCACCGAGCUCAUCGUCGAGGUGUGUAAGCACAUGCGGCCACUCGACAUCGUCCACCUUUACAGCGUCAGCAAGAACUUCCACUACACCAUCAACGAACACAUGCGCAGCAGCAUCUUUGCGUGGGCAAGCCACAUGGCGCCCACCGCCGCGCGCAUCUACUCUAGUCCUGUCUACUGUCGCUGGUUCAUCCAAGACCCUUGCCGUCGCCGCGUCACGCCCAACGACCAAGAGCUGAGCAAGACCCAGCCAGGCCAGGCGAAGGUCGAGGGCCAACCGCCCCUGAACAGCGAGGAAGGCGAGGUACGUUUGAUACCCGGCCUACUCUGGUUACAGAUGGCCGUCAACCGUGAAAUUCGGGUCCGGGACAUUAUCGCCUGUCUGGCACGGAGGGGUCAUCGCCUGCCCGAGGGCUCUCAUCAAACCCUCAAGAAGAUUUGGCUUAUCAUGGACGCUGCGACGACCCAGGCACGCAUGAUGCUGCUGAACAAUUCAGACUUCUUCAGCAACGAGGACAUGUACAUCGCCCAGCUCUUCAUGGUCAAGCUGAUCCUCGCCUUCAACGACCCCGUCUUCGGCCCGCAGUCGACCAUGCUGAUGCGUCUUAUGCUAGGCCAACGCGGCUUGUCUCCCCUCUGGGCUCUUCUCCGCGGCAUAAAAUACCGCACAGUGGCAGAGAUCCGCCAGCUCAAGCUCCGCUACGAUGUAGGCCCCGACCAGCUUCAAGACGAAAACCUCCCGGCGGUACAAGGUGUCGAUAUCGACCGCCUGGGGGUCAUCCACUUUGAGGGAUGGGGCACCGGGCCCGACCACCUGAUGCGGCCCGACGAACUGAUACCACUCGAGUCUGCCCGGCGCCAGCUCGAUCUGGAUUGCUGCGUUGAAGAGAUGAUGAUCUUUGGCCAUGUCGAUUUCAACACGGGCAACAGCCUGGUUCCGAGCCUCAAGGAGAUGUACAUGAGCGAUGACGACCUGCCGCCGGCGUGCAAGGGGUGGAAGCCGCUGAAGCACGAACUCAUCCACUCCGGCUGUGGCAACGCGGAUGUCGAGUACUCUGAUGUGGGGGAUGGGGAUGGGGAUGGUGAUGGUGAUGGUGGUGGGGGUGGUGAGAAUGGGCGUGGGGAUGAGGGAUGGGGUGGUGGUGGUGGUAAGGGUGGGGUUAGGGAUCCGGGGGAGGGGGGCCGGCGGCUGGGGGAGGAGGAUGCGGAUACGGUGGGAGAGGGGGAUGGGCAGUUUGAGCUGGAUUGGGAUGACUUUUUGAGGAAUCCUGAGUCGUAUAGUAUUGAAGGGGGGGAGGUGGUGGUUCGGGAUGGGGAGGAUAGUGAUGCGACUGAAGAGGAUGUGGAGGAGGAGGACGAUAUGGAGAUGGCGGACGAGUUUGAUGAUGGGGGACAGGAUGGGGAGGAGGAGGACGACAUCAACUUGCUGAUGGGCGGCCUGAACGUGGGUCUGGGUCAGGAUGGUUACCAGCAAGUUGCUCAACAGAUGGCCGAGGCGCAGGGCACCGAUGAGCUUGAUCUCGCUGCGUACAUGGUGGACGAAGACGUUGGCGAGGAUGAGCGCACGAAGAAGUUAAGGAAUUGGUUUCGGCCGUGGUAGUUGAGUCGGCUGGCUCAUGACGUUCAGUGGGUUGGGUAGGGUAGUCUUUGGGCCCGUCAUGGAAUCGAACGUCUUUUUCUCGUCUGGCACUGGGGCGUCGAGGUCGGUGGCUAGGUGCUAGGUUUUCGUCUGGUUGUCAUUGUUGACAGAACGCUGCCACCGGUUGCACGUUCCAAUGACCCGCAAGAAGAGUUGUUGCAUCGUAUCCUGGAAUUAAGUCUGGUCCUUGAUUACUUACUAACUCU